UUGCUUCUGUCUAAAUGGAUGUCAUUUGCAGGGCCCAAUCUUAAUGGACUGUUCGGAAGGCAAUCUGGUACAACACCUGGGUACUCCUACUCUGCUGCUAACAAGAACAUGGCUGUGAAUUGGGAGGAAAAGACAUUGUACGACUACUUGCUCAACCCCAAGAAGUACAUUCCUGGAACAAAGAUGGUUUUCUCUGGUUUGAAGAAGCCACAUGAUCGUGCCCACCUCAUUGCAUACUUGAAGCAAUCCACCAUCUUAAAGCGUUUGCCGAUACUUUGUUUUUCCCAACCAUGCCAUUUUGCAGUUGUUGGAGAUUGUUUCGCUAAGCGGAUGUAA